ACUCGCAAUUCGACCCCAAUGAGCCGCCCAAAUCUCUCUCUAGGGCACAAAAAUCCCUUCGAUGGCAGCGAGCUGAGCAUCGCACGACGGCUAAAAUUCUCCGGCCAUCGGAGGUAGAAGCUUCUACGACGAAGAUGAGCGCUUCUUCGGAAACUGAUGAUGAUCUUCCACCAUCACAUCAGAAUAGGGGUGCAAGAGGAGGGCCCAUCCUUGGGAAUGGAAGAUCUGCUACUGGUGCUCCUCCAUAUUCCAGGGGGCAACAUGAUAUGGAGACCCAAAUACAUUUACUUGAACAAGAAGCCUAUUGUUCAGUUCUUCGGGCAUUUAAGGCACAAUCCGAUGCCAUUACUUGGGAGAAGGAAGGUCUAAUAACAGAACUUAGGAAAGAGCUGAGAGUAUCUGAUGAGGAACACAGAGAACUGUUGAGCAGAGUUAAUGCAGAUGACAUCAUAAGGAGAAUAAGGGAGUGGCGGCAGGCAGGUGCUGCUCAAUCUGGAUUGCUCAGUAACACUCCACCUGCUCAUGAAUCGUUACCUAGCCCCACUUUCUCAGCUUCUCGAAAGAAGCAAAAGACAUUGCAGUCUUUGGGAGCGCCUUCCCCUGUGAUGCACCUACAACCAGUUACUGCACCAUCAUCUCCUGCAGUGAUAAGAGGAGCUCCAUUAGGGUCCAAGGCUAAGAAGCCUAAAGCUGGUCAUACAUUGACAGGUAUAUCAGCAGUGAAGAUCUUGCAAAUCCCUUCUAUUGGUCCGAGUGGAAAGGGCCAGGUCACAAGCAGGAGUCCUUCUGGUGCAAUUGCUGCUACGCUACCUGCUGCAGGCACAGCAUACAAUCCACUUAUCGGAAGGAAAGUAUGGACAAGAUGGCCAGAAGAUAAUAGCUUCUAUGAGGCUGUUAUUACUGACUACAAUGCACGUGACGGUCUGCAUGCUCUUGUUUAUGAUAUCAACACAAAGAACGAGACAUGGGAAUGUGUCAAUCUUAAAGAGAUUUCUCCUGAAGACAUCCGAUGGGAUGCUGAAGAUCCUGGUAUAUCUGGACGACCAGGUCAUGGAAUGAAGAGGCCUAUGGGCCAAAAUCGUGCCUUUCCUGGUGCAGGAAGGGGAAGAGGUUCCCUGAAGAAUCAUUCCAAUAAAGAUUUUGGUCCAAGAAUGAAUGGCAUUGGAAAGAAGCAUUCUGAUGAUAUUGAGAUACUUCACACAGAAACUCUUAUAAAGGAGGUGGAGAGGGUAAUUGCUGCCGGUUAUCCUGAUCCUCUUCAUAUUGAGAAUGCAAAGAAAACACUCAGAGAGCACGAGCAGUCACUUAUUGAUGCGAUCGCGAGGCUUACUGAUGCAUCUGAUGGUGAAAGUGAAGACAAUGAUGGUGCUCAGGAACAUAGGCAAUGGAACCCACCCAGGGUUAACUAUGAAGAGCAAAUGAUUGCUGGUGGUUAUUAGCAUGAAGUUGGUUUGCUGCGAAAUAACAUCAAGCAUCGAACCUAAGAGCUUUUGGAUAAGCUAAUAGUUCUUUUUAGUGUACUUUAGCUCAGAUUAGCCUGUUCAGAAUGUUGGAGGGUUUCUGGACCAGCACUCCAGUCCCCUUCAACAUGCGCGUGUAAAAGAAAGUGAACUUGUGUAAAAUUAUGUUGGAGUGGCUCCCCCUCUUAUGUUUCGCCUAGACGGCGGAGUUGCUAUGGAGCACAUCUGUGAAAUUUUUGCAAGGAUGCAUUUUGACACAAUAUAUGGCAAAUAUCGCAUUUCUGUUCCUUGUAGAAAUGCGACAAUGUUAAGUCUGUAAAGAACCCUGUACAUGGAUUUUGGACUUUGUUUUUAAUUGCGGAAACUACAGGGGAUCUAUCCACAACCAACCCUUGUUUUUUCUCUUGGAAACUGAA